GUCGCGCUGGUUAUUCUAGACGGGUUUGGCGAGCGAAAAGAGCGUGGGGGGAACGCGAUCGCGUUGGCCAAAACUCCUAACUGAGAUUAUUUGCGUCAGCAUUACCCGCACACACUGCUUAAAGCUGCUGGUCAAGCCGUCGGUUUACCCGCUCAGCAAAUGGGCAAUUCGGAAGUUGGCCACCUUAACAUCGGGGCUGGGACAGUGGUUUACACUGGUUUAUCGCUGAUCAACCAAGCACUGAAAACUGGACAUUUUCAAAAAAACGCCAGUUUUUUGAAAGUGUUUGAAAAAGUUAAAAAAAUUGGUGGCACCUUGCAUUUAAUGGGGCUUCUGUCGCCUGGCGGAGUUCACUCGCACGAAUACCAUCUUUUUGCACUUUUAAAAUUGGUUCAUUCCCACGGACUAAAAAAUGUUAGCGUGCAUGUCUUUGGUGACGGCCGCGAUGUCAGUCCACAAAGCAUUAGACUCUCGCUUGAAAAGUUAACUUCUUUGCUGAGCAAGUACCACUACCAUCUUGCCAGCAUCAUGGGGCGAGUCUACGCAAUGGAUCGCGACCAGCGCUUUGAAAAAACUUUGCUAGCCUACCAGGCUCUGCAAGGAAAAAGCCAGCAUCACUUUAACGAUGUUUUUGCCUACCUAGACCGGCAAUAUCAGCAGGGUUUCAGCGACGAGUUUUUAGAACCCGCGGUUAGUGACAACGUUAACACUCACUUUCUUAAACCAGGCGACGCGGUGAUUUUUUUCAACUUCAGGCCCGAUCGCGCCCGUCAGUUAAGUCACUUUCUAGUCGGCUCUUCGCUAUAUAGUUACAAGCCAUCGCAACGCCUAAAAAACAUUGAUUUGGUAAGUAUGAUGAAGUACGAAGGAAUUGACCGGGCGAGCGUUGCAUUUACGGAAAUGGAGAUUAAUCAAACUCUGGGUAAAACUUUGGCCGAAAACCAUCUUAAGCAGUUGCGUGUCGCUGAGACUCAAAAGUAUGCACACGUCACUUUUUUCUUUGAUGGCGGUAAGGACAUUCUUUAUCCGCUGGAAAAACGUAUUUUGGUGCCUUCGCAUAAAGUGGAUAACUUCGCUCAACUGCCAGGCAUGAGUGCCCAAGGCAUCACCGAUGCGAUCAUUAAAAACUUAGGUAAGUUUGAUGUGAUUAUCGCUAACUACGCUAAUCCCGAUAUGGUUGGCCACACCGGCGAGCUCGAGCCAACUAUUCGGGCAAUCGAAAUAAUUGAUGAUCAACUAGGUCAGCUUUACCAUGCUUGUAAAUCAAAGGGGGUAACGCUUUGAAUUACGGCUGACCACGGCAACGCUGAAAUCAUGCUUGACCAGCAAGGAAAACCUUCAACUAAACAUACUAGCAGCGACGUUCCUUUGGUAGUGUGCGAUUCUUUGGUCAAACUUAAACCCGGCAAACUCGCUGAUGUCAGCCCGAGUUUGCUUGAUUACUUAGGUUUAAAAAUUCCGCCUCAAAUGGACGCUAAAUCUUUAAUUUCAAAAGCUAAGAGCUAG